AUGAAUAUUGGACGGAAUGUGCUCAAAUUCAAAACUCCUUUUCCAAGUGACGUAAUAAAACAAAGUUUUCAUACUACGUGCAAUAAUUUUGCUUGGCCAGUGAGCAACAACCAACUAGAAAACGUACGCAUGUUAAAACUAAUAUAAUGUAAAAAUUUAUUUUUACUUGUUCUAUUUUUUUUUUUACUUCUAGGGAUCAUGCUGUAAGUCGUUCAUUGGGAACACCACUUCUCGAUUGGAUUACACGAGCAAUAUAGACGUUAUUGAUAAUGAAUCACAUUUUUCUCGGCUAUCCGGUAUAAUUUGUACCAUUGGUAAGUGCUUGAAUUUGUUUUUGUGUUUUUGUGUUAAUAUUCGUAUGUACUCCUAGGACCGGCUUCGGUUGAUGUAAACAUGCUGGAAAAAAUGAUUGAUUCUGGCAUGAAUAUUAGUCGUUUGAACUUUUCUCAUGGCUCACACGAAUAUCAUGCUAAUACUAUAAAUAACAUAAGACAAGCUUGUGAUAAUUACAGUAAAAAAAUUGGUCAAUAUAGCCCUUUGGCCAUUGCUUUAGAUACUAAAGGGCCUGAAAUAAGAACAGGUCUAAUAGAAGGAGUUAGUUCUUUAAUAUUUACUUAUAUCAUAUUUGUAUAUAUUAAUAUUAUGUAGGUAUAUUUAUCUAAUUGUCAACAAUUCAUUAUUUAGAGCGGUUCGGCUGAAGUUAAAUUAAAAAAAGGUGGUGAAAUUCAAUUAUCUACGGAUAAGGCAAUUGAACAAAUUGGAAAUAGCAAUAAAGUUUUUAUUGACUAUCCAAACAUUACAAAAGUAGUGAAACCUGGCAACAGAGUAUUCGUUGACGAUGGUCUUAUUUCUAUGAUCGUGAAACAAGUUGGUAUGUUGACCACAAUAUUUCCAAUCACCAUUACAUAUUACCGAUACCUAUUAAUUAGGUAUAUUUAAUAUAGAUUUUAUUUUUUAUAUUUUUCCGUAGGCAGCGAUUUUCUCGACUGUACCAUUGAGAAUGGUGGUGUCUUAGGUAGCCGAAAAGGCGUUAACUUGCCUGGUGUACCCGUAGAUCUACCAGCUGUGUCCGAAAAGGACAAGAGUGAUCUAAAAUUUGCAGCUGAACAAGGUGUGGACAUGAUUUUUGCAUCAUUUAUCAGAGAAGCCAGAGCAAUUAAAGAAAUCAAAGAUAUUUUAGGUUAAUAUUGUUAAUAGUUCAUAAGUUAGCUGGUCAUGCAUGCUCAACAAUUCUUUAUUAUUUUUAAAGGUCAAGAUGGUAAGGAUAUUCUGAUUAUUUCCAAAAUAGAAAACCAUGAAGGCAUACAAAAUAUGCAAGAAAUCAUUAACGCAUCAGAUGGAGUCAUGGUUGCUCGUGGGGACUUAGGCAUAGAAAUACCACCAGAAAAAGUGAUCAUAGCCCAAAAAGCUAUAAUUGCACGAUGCAACAAGGUAGUUUUAAUUAUUGGCAUUAAAAUAUAUAUAAAAAGAGUUUUGUCACUGUUGUAGGUGGAAAAUUGGGAUGGUACUAGCUAGGUAGUAAAUGUAGGCAUGUGCUCAGGGUGUGCCAUGUUUGCCAUGAUAUAUUUCGUGCCCAUGGAUCGAAAUCAAAAUUGGCUCAUUCUGGGUUUCAUUUCAUUAAAUGAUAAAUUAUUCAAUAUGAAUUAUUGUCAUAUAGUAACCAAUAAAUUUCCUUUUAAAAAAAUUGUUAUUAUUAAAAGUUGGAGCAAAAUUGCUGGUAGAAAAUUUGUCCAAAGAAAAAACAGUCGUAGUAUUAUACAAUAAUAUUUUGUAAAUUUUCCCGUUUUUCUUACGUUUUUUCCAAGUUUUUCCUAUUUAUUAUAAAAACAUUAUUUAAUUUUUUGACUACAAAGUAUGACUUAUAAUGAACCUUCUGUUGAAUUUUUAAGUAUUUCAGUUUAGUCUAACAACUUUAUCUGCAAAGUACCCAAUCAAAAAAAAAUUACGUUAAAAUCUCACAAAAUUAAAAUGCCUAUACAUGGUUCAAACAUAUUACCACAUAGUUUUCUGCCAACGUUUCCAGUAUUUACGAAUAUUUUUAACUGAAUAACAACAACAAAAAAAAAAAAAACAAAACAAAAUUCAAAAUAAUAAAAUAUUUAUUUUCGUAAAUUUUCCCGUUUUUUUAAUUUUUUUUUUCGAUUUUGCUUUAUUAUUAAUAAAAAAAUUACAAGAAGAAUCAAAAUUAAAUUGAAUUAAAAAUAUUCAACAAAAAAGAUCUCUUGUGGAUUUUCAAUUGGAGCAAUAUUUCUGGUAGAAAACAUAAGUUGAAAAAAUUAAAACAAUUAAAUCGGUAACGCCACGGCGUGCAGUAAAUAUUGCGUAAAUAUAUUUUGGAGCAAGAUUUUUUUUUUUGAGAAGCUAUUUACAAACAGAAAUAAAAACGCACACAUUAUAGUAAAACUAAUAAAUCCCUCGCUACGCUCCGAAUUUAAAACACAUCAAAAUAAAAUCAAUAGAUCCCUUUCUACGCUUCAAAUCUAAAAUGAUCAGCUCUUUUUUGAUCUUUAAUUUUUCCAAUUGCAUUUCAAUGUAUUUAAAAUAUUUGAUAUUGCUGAAUUUAAAAAAAAAAGAAAACAUAAAGCUAAGCAGCUUAAAAUAUUAUAAACGCUGUAAAUGUUUAUUCGUUUUUCAUAUACGUUUUUUUUUCUUUUUCCAAUUAUUAAGAAACCUACAAUGAAAUUGAUCACCUCAAUGUACCAACUAGAUUAAAAUUGCAACAUAAAAUAUCUCUGUCAUUUUUUGAUUAAAGCAAGAUUUUUUGUAGCAGAGUUUUAUACAGAUAAAAUAUUGCACACAUGUUAUUUUUAGUGAACCUAAUACCUACGUUCGUCACUCCGCUUAGAAUCUUAUACUGAAUAUUGUCAGUUUACAUUUUAAAUAUACGGGAAUAUUUUAUUUAGGCUGGUAAACCAGUUAUUUGCGCAACUCAAAUGCUUGAGUCCAUGGUUAAGAAACCCCGUGCUACUAGAGCAGAAUCUUCUGAUGUUGCCAACGCCAUAUUAGACGGAGCUGACUGUGUUAUGCUAUCUGGCGAAACAGCUAAAGGCGAAUACCCAUUAGAAUGUGUACAAACAAUGGCUACCAUUUGUGAACAAGCUGAGGCAGUUAUUUGGCAAAAUGAAUUUUUUUCUGGACUGGUGUCUUCUGUAAAUAUAUCGCAUAGAAAGAAAUAUAAAAAUUCAAUGAUUUUUAUUAUUUAAUUUGUUAAGAUAAAUGAUGUAUCAACAAAUGUUUCAAACUCGCCUGCUAUGGCCGCUGUAUACUGGGCUGAGAAGAAUAGAGCAGCUGCCAUAAUUGUGAUUUCGACAUCUGGCUAUCCUGCUCAUCUCAUAUCGAAAUUCCGACCACGUUGUCCUAUUAUCGCUGUUACAAGAAAUGCCCAGAUCGCUCGACAAUGUCACAUUUAUCGUGGAAUCAUACCUCUAUUGUAUUGCAGUGGUAAGAUGGAGUCAUACGUUUUAAUUAUUCUAUUAAUAUUAAUAUAUUAUUAUUAUCAAACUAUAUAACUAUUUUACUAUUAUUUUAUAAAUAUGAUAGCAGAACAACCAGAUGAUUGGUAUAAGAACGUGGAAUCGUGUGUCGAAUAUGUCUUUAAGUUUGGAAAAGCCCGUAAACUUAUGUGUUCUGGACAAUCAGUAAUUGUCGUCACUGGGUGGAACGGAGACCACAAGAGUGAUAUAAAUGUUCGUUCGAUUUAUGUUCCUGAUUGA